AUGCUGUUUGUCGUUGGCUAUGGAAGCGCUGGUGUUGAUAUGCGCAUCGCCAACAAGCUGUCCACUCGCAUCUACGUCCCGAGCUCUUCCAGCGACGAGCCGCCGCUCUGCACGCUUGCUUCCCAGCCUGUUUUCCUUCGAGCUGCCACUCCUGUUGGCUGCUUGUCGUUGACUUGCAGCUCACGCCUUCAUCUUAUUGGUGGCCUUCGACAUUCUCACCACACGAUGCCCACUCUGGACGGUCGUCAGCUGCUUCGUUUCUAUUCGCUCCCCGAGUCUGAGACCAGUCGCGCCCAGCAUACUCGCAGCAGUGGCGGUGAUCGAGAGCAACCAGACAAAGUGCCAUUUCUCAAAUACCCCUCCACCUUGGUCUUCCUCCAUGGUGCUAUCGUGGCUUACCAGAGGCUGGGACUGCACUUUACGCACUUCCCAUUGGGAGAAUAUCACCCCUCAAAUCCCAUCAUCCCAGAGAUGCCCCCGUGGAGCCAGCUGCGAGCCAAGGCCCUCCCGUCACACAUGCCCGCAUCCAUGAUCGCCCUCUUCUCUUCCAUCUUCAUCUGCAUCCACCCGCUGUCGGGUCGAUCAUACCUAGCGAAAAGAAGACAGACACGCACGCGCGGUAUCGAGUUCAACUUGACGCUGCCAGCGCGAGCUAUACGGCCGACGGGGUUUCAAGUGAACGACACGCGCUUUAUUCAAUCACUUCUCCGUCUUCGUCGUCCCUCAGCCCUACUGCUCCCCCCGGAGACACACCUGCGGUUGGGUCAUCUCGAUCCUCCUCACGCCUCAAGGCACCAGCAUAACUUACCCUCUUCACAAACGACCUGGCCAGCUCUUCAAAUUACUCGAGUCGAAAGAUCUUCCAAACACUCCUUACACCGCCGCCGAUCUCUCAAGAACCUUGCGCUGUCCUUCAUGAUUGGCGAAUCCCGUAAUCCAGUUGCACCGCUCAACUAUUGUGCUUAUUCAUUCGAUCACCGCCACCACCAUGAGGGCGACAGCUUGCUCGCUUUGCGUGCUUCGAGGGGGCGGAAUUCAAGAGACGAGAUGGGGUGCACCGCCUUGAGAAGGCACACGUCACGGUCUUUCACGACCUCAAUCGAAGGGGCACAACAACUUGUGCGACCGGAUACUCUGCUUGCCCGUCAAGCUUGGAUGGAGGGUGUUGCGCUUCAGGCUAUGCAUGCGCGACGGAUUCUUGCUAUGCGACCACAAGUGCAGCGCAGACUUGCGCAGGAAAACCUGGAUAUUACCAAUGUAACACGGUUUUGGGAGGCGGCUGUUGCCCAGAAGGAUAUCAGUGUCAAAGAGGCUCAAAUUGCGUUCCAGCGUCUGGAGUCAUAUACUCUCAGUCACGGACUGGGCUGCGCCGUAAGCGCUUGCUACUCGACGGAGCCCUCAACUGUCACGGAGACGACGACGAUUACAACGACGAAUGACGCCGCGCAGGCGAUAACCACGACUGUAACCGCAACUGCUGUUCUAACUCCCUCAAGACCUACCACGGCGCCAAUAGUAGCAACAGGGGCGAGCGACCCGGACCAAGUUGUGUUCAAGUACUAUCCGAGCACUGUUCCAAAAGAGCAACCUAUCUCGAGCGGCGAUGGCAACAGUGAUGGAUUGACUUCGGGGCAAAUCGCGGGUAUCGUGGCUGGAGGAGUUGGCCUGCUCAUUAUUGUGCUGGUGACUGCGUGGAUCAUCAUUCGGCACCUCAACAAGGUUGUCCAGGCAGUCGAGACGAGCAACAAGGGGACCUCUUCAGGGGCUAAGUCACGCCCUUCGAUGUAUGAGUUCAAGCCAACACCAUCAGAGGUUGAUGAUUUGAGCAUAGACCCGCUCAUGAUGUCUCCUCGGCCAUCACACCGCAGAUAUGAUUCCGAUACGACUGCCGACUUCACGCCUCCAUAUCGCGGCACGCCGGGGUCCGGUGGUGACUAUCAGGCAGUACCGCAAGGGUCAGGGUCCGAUCGACACGCUAGCUACGACUCAGCAUAUACAGGAGGCUACUUCGACGUGGCGCCAGACAGGAGUCAGCGCGCAAGCCAGGGAUCGAGCGCGUGGGUCGGACUCCAUCGCGGAAGCACGGAUUCACAAGGAACCUACGCGCAUCUUCGCCAUUGGAGCAACGCCAGCGAAGCAAGCAGCGACCACGGCAGUGCGGGUACUCGGACGCCACUCCAAGAACUCGACUCGACGCCAUAUGUGCCGGAGUUGGCCGCUUCUCCCGUCCCAGACGCCGUGGCAGAUACGCGUCGCCGGUCAGGGAGCGGGCUAUCGGGCAUGAGCCGGCCGCCUGCGGUCCAUCAGCGGCGAAGGAGCAGUGAGGGAGGCCACGGCAGAACGAGGAGUGACAGCUCUGCUCCAGCUGGGCUCAGUGUUGUGAAUGAGGCUUCAGAGCUCAUCGGCCACUAUGGCCCGACGGAUCGAGCGAAUGACUACGGAGUCAGUCACAGCAUGGCUUUCGAGCUAACGCAAGAUUUGGAGUUGGAAGCCAGACACCAGACGAUGCUUUCUGACGCUGCAAGGCCGUGGAAGCUUGCAUCUCUUUCUUGGAUCCUUGAUCUUUCUGUCGGUCCGGACAAUCAUUAUGUAGUUAUGAUGUCCUGGCUGACCUAA